AUGAGGGAAUUUAAAAAACAUUAUGAUGAACAUCAUAAGAAGCGCUAUUAUAGAUCUUAUGAUAAAUAUAAUUCAAAUAAGAAUGAUGAAUAUAGAACUAAUUACCAUCGUAGGAUAAAUAAAUACAAUGGAAAAAAUUCAUACAAUAAUUACGAUGAAAGAAAGAAAGAUAACGAAAGAAAUAAUCAUAUCAGAGUAAAAAUAUCUAACUUAGAUUAUACAAUUUCAAAAAAUGAUUUAGUGGAAUUAUUUAGUAAUGUAUGUAAAGUUGUAAAUGCAUGGAUAAACUAUGACCAUACAGAUAGAUCAAAUGGUACAGCAGUUUGUAUUUUUGAAAAUAUAAAUGAUGCACAAAAAGCUAUUGAUAAAUAUGAUGGUUCAGAAAUUGAAGGUUUGUCUAUGAAAAUGGAAAUAAUGCAUAGGAAAAAUUACAGCUAUAAAAAAAAACAUAAAAGUAGAUGCCCUUGGUAA